CCGUCAGUGUACCACGUGUCACUGGCGAUUUAGAAGAGUGUCAAUCAGCAUUUUCUCUUUGUUUCGAUUGACUAACAAAUACGUAAUCAUGACGAGGUAGAGAUAAGAAAUGGUGCCUUUGACCACGUAAUGUGGCUCGAGUUGUACCUGCGUGGCAAAGUAGUUGGUUCGUCGUUAAUUGCAGUCCUCAACACAGUGACGUUGAAAUGGCGGAGGGCUCGGAAUUAGCUUUCUUCGAUCUGAGGCUGGUCCACGAUCAUUUUGACCGUGCCCUCGUGCAGGACGACGAUAUUGAUCUCAAAGCCUACUUAGACGCCUACAAUGAGCUCUACAAAUUCUUUCAGUUAAUGGGCAGCGUAUUCAGCUUUGUAUCCUCUGAUUUGAAACAAAAGAUUGAGGUAUUAAUUGAACUAAUAGACAAGGAUGAUCAGAAUUAUACUACUAUCAAGACUAUGAUAAUAUAUGAGAAGGAGAACAAGAUCCUUGAUAAGGGAGACUACACGAAUGGAGCACGUACUUUGUUAAGACUUCAUAGAGGAUUAGAUUUUAUUAGAGAAUUUCUGAGGCAACUGGGCGACCUCUCAGAUACUGACAAGACAUCCAGUUGUUGUCAGGAUGCGUAUAACAAAACCUUAGCCAAGCAUCACCCAUGGGUGAUUAGAAAAGCAGCCGUGGUUGCCAUGUACACAAUGCCCACCAGAGAACUUUUGUUUAAAAAGGUUUGUGGGUCUGAGGUCCAGAGGAACGUCGACGUCUUGCCAAAAAUGUUGGAGAUCACGGCCGACGUGUUUAACCGUACCCACAGUCUUUACGAGAUCCAUCAACUUCACGAUCUACCGUAGAAACGAAGGUCACGG